AGUAUAGAGAGAUGGAUGAGAGUCUUGCAAACCUGUCAGAAGAUGAAUAUUACUCUGAAGAAGAGAGAAAUGCUAAAGCUGAGAAAGAGAAAAAACUACCACCACCACCUCCCCCAGCUCCUGCAGAAGAAGAGAAUGAAAGUGAGCCAGAGGAGCCAUCUGGGCAAGCAGGAGGACUUCAAGACGACAAUUCUGGAGGGUAUGGAGACGGCCAAGCAUCAGGUGUGGAGGGAGCAGCUUUCCAGAGUAGACUUCCACAUGACCGUAUGACAUCUCAAGAAGCUGCCUGCUUCCCUGAUAUAAUCAGUGGGCCACAGCAGACUCAGAAGGUGUUUCUGUACAUCAGGAACCGCACCCUGCAGCUCUGGUUGGAUAACCCAAAGAUUCAGCUGACGUUUGAGGCAACUAUCCAACAACUAGAAGCACCUUACAACAGUGACACAGUGCUCGUUCACAGAGUACACAGCUAUCUGGAGCGGCAUGGUCUGAUCAACUUUGGUAUCUACAAACGAGUGAAGCCCCUUCCAACCAAGAAGACUGGAAAGGUGAUCAUCAUUGGCUCUGGUGUCUCUGGGUUGGCAGCAGCUCGCCAGUUGCAGAGUUUUGGAAUGGAUGUCACAGUACUGGAAGCCAGGGACCGAGUAGGAGGAAGAGUUGCCACCUUUCGCAAAGGGAACUAUGUUGCUGAUCUAGGAGCCAUGGUGGUGACAGGACUGGGAGGAAAUCCUAUGGCUGUGGUCAGCAAACAAGUGAAUAUGGAGUUGGCCAAGAUCAAACAAAAAUGCCCACUUUAUGAAGCAAAUGGACAAGCU